AUGAUGCCCUUCAAUCGAACAUUGAGUUCCGAGGAACUGCAUGAGUUGACCAAGUGGAUGUCCAAUUUGCAGAUAAAGCUCGACAAUCGGACACGUCGCGAGCUCUCGGAUGUCGUGAACGUUGCUCAAAUAAUUAAGAAAUUAAAUUCAAAGCUGGUCGACAUGUCCUGCUACAAGUCGCACAGCAGCCUAGCCCUAAAGCUAGAAAACUGGGAGAUCUUUAACCACAAAGUGCUUUGUAAAGUGGGUCUGAAAUUGUCCCAGAGCGACUUGACGCAGCUUGCCUCGGGCAGUCUGGCUGCAUUGAAGUGCCUGCUUUAUUAUUUGAUGACCUGGAAUCGAGAUGGAAUAUCGCCAGUGAGCCCAACCAAGAGGAUCUCAUCGAAAGGCAACAAGAAGAAAACCUCCCAGAGUUUAUCUGGUAGCACGGAGCACCCUACCGAGCCGGAUAUGCUAGAAGAUGGAAAGAACGUGCCGUAUGCUAAAUACAAGCGAGUGAUCCAGGAGAAUUACAAAAAGAAAAGAUAUCUUAACUCCAUAAGCCACAAGGCCAAGUAUCUGGACAGCCUUAUGAUGGUAAAGGACGACCCAUCUGCUCUUCCCAUCGCAAUGUUUAACGUAAAACUCUUGAUUCUCUUCGCCGUGGUCCUCUGCGCGGCCCAGGAUUGCGUGCUCGGCGAGUCUGAUGUGGACCCGGACAUUGAUAUUGACGAACCAGAGAGUCCUGAACCAGACAGUCUCUGCGCCAGAUGCGGCUGUGGUAGCUGCGCUUGCGGUAUCCCAGCUUAA